AGUAUUCAAGUGCCCAUGGAUAAGAAAUGGCUUUCUGACCUGGCUUUCCUGGUGGACGUCACAGAGCUGCUCAAUGUUUUAAAUGUUCAGCUCCAGGAAAAAGACCAGAUUAUCACCCAGCUUUUUUAUCACGUCAGAGCCUUCAAACAAAAACUACUGCUGCUCAGAAGACAUCUCUCAGCAGGAAAUUUAGCCCAUUUUCCCUGUUUUAGAGAGGCAGGCAUGAUGAAAGAGAAGGUACCUGAGUAUGAUGCUGUUGUCAGCAACCUUUUCCAAGAGUUUGACAGUCGCUUUGAGGACUUCAGACACAGUGCUUCUGACUUUGAGUGGUUUGUUCAACCUUUCACCAUCAGUGUGGACACAGUCAGUGAUGAUCUACAGAUGGAACCAAUUGAGCUUCAGUGUGAGUCAGAACUCAAAACACAAGUUCAGGUCCCUUCCCUUGACAGACUUCUACAAAUGUGUCCCAGCAAACAGGUACCCAAAGAUGUGCAAACAGGCACAAGUGAUGCUGUCUCUGUUUGGCAGUACCUACCACUGUGAACAGACUUUCAGUCUGAUGAACUUAAACAAGUGUAAACUGAGAUGCAAAGUAACUGACUCUCACCUCCAUAAUAUCCUGACUUUGAUAGUAAGUCCACUGCAUCCCAAUUUGGAAAAAAAUUUGAAAAAUAAAGACCAGCUUCAUGUGUCACAUUAGAGAUCACUGAUGUUGCAGGCAUGUGGGCUGUAUUGGUUAUAGCUUGAAUAGUUGAAUUAGGUAUUGAACAUAUAGUAUAAUUAAAACAUAGAACCAAUCCCAUUUAUAAUACAAGUUUCAUUGAACUAUAGAACUCUGAAAAUAAAACUGCAUUAGUGAAGCAGAUACAGACUAACAUUUUCUAUUUAUUUUUUUGUAAAUAUUAUGAAAUGAUAAAGGCGAACCAUGGCAACUUUAAUUUUAAUAAUACAGUUUUUGGUAUAAUGCAACAUUUACUUUUGGCCCACAGCCCUCAAUCAAGUUAGAUUUUUGGCCCUUCACAGGAAAAAGUUUGGGCACCCCUGAUUUAGAAUGAUUAUGUGCUACUAGAAAACCAUUUAACUACUUCCUAUUGCUACAAUCUUAAUACGAAUAACUUUGUGUUGCUGAAGUCCCAUUUUGCAUUGCUCAGAUUAUACAACCUCCGAAACCGUGCUACAACCCUGUUUAGAUUUACUCAUCUCUGUAUUUAGCAGACUGCUAGAAUUACCCAAAAGCCUGAACAUCCGCGGGAGUGCAGCGCUUCAGAAGUCCCCCUCCCCCUCUCUCUCUCACACACACAGCGAGAGAGAAAGCG